GCCGGGCCCCCCGCCCAGCCCGCCGGGGCGCUGCGAGCAGCGGGCGCUGCCCCGCCGCGGGACCCGCACGGCCGGGCCAGCCUGAGGCCCCCAGUGAGCGCGGUCACCGAGCUGCCACCACCCACAGCCGGCACACGGGCCACCAGCAUCCCCCUGCCCCCGCGGAUGACGGCAGCGUCCUGCAGCAGCCGUGCCACCCGUGAGAGCCGUGCCACCCGCGAGAGCCGUGACACCCACGAGAGCCGUGCCACCCGUGAGAGCUGUGACACCCACGAGAGCCGUGCCACCCGUGAGAGCCGUGCCACCCACGAGAGCUGUGACACCCACGAGAGCUGUGACACCCACGAGAGCCGUGACACCCACAAGAGCCGUGCCACCCGCGAGAGCCACGCCCAGACUGUCUUCACAAGGGACAGCCCUGGAGCCCAGAGGGACACACGGUGCUCAGGAUGCUGAGUCUGGCCUAGUGCCCGAGCCUGGCAAGCUGAGAGGGAGGUCUGUGAGGGCUCUGCUACACUGUCCCUGAGCCAUGGUCUAGGAAGCACUGGGACCAUGAAGGGCUUAGGAGACAACAGAAGCCGCCAUCUCUCAGAAAACCUGGACUCCCCUCAAGACUCUCUUUAUGCCCCCCAGGACAGGAACCCUUAUCUCCUCAGCCCCACCGACUCCUUCACCAUGGAUCCCCGAUUCCCAGCCCAGAACACCGUCCACGGCGACUGUCUCCUUCCGCUCAAUAACCAGAUCUCCAACAGCAGUACUUUCCCGCGCAUCCAUUACAACUCCCACUUCGAGGUCCCGGAUGACAACCCCUUUCCGAGCCAUGCCCAAGCCACUAAGAUCAACCGCCUGCCUGCCAACCUCCUCGACCAGUUUGAGAAGCAGCUGCCCAUCCACAGGGACGGCUUCAGCACCCUGCAGUUCCAGCGCAGCGACGCAAAGCACCGGAGCGAGAGCCCAGGGCGCAUCCGGCACCUGGUACACUCCGUGCAGAAGCUCUUUGCUAAGUCCCAGUCUCUGGAGGGCCCCACCAAGGGCAACGUCAAUGGGAAGAAGGGGGCAGAUGACGCCAAGCAAAACCGGAGGAGCAAGAGCAAGGACCGGGCGAAGACCUCUGAGCCCAAGCGCAGGACCAGGUCCAACAUCUCCGGCUGGUGGAGCUCCGAUGACAACCUGGACAGCGACACCUGCAGCUACCGCAACCCCAUGGGGCUGAUGACGCUGGGCCGGCAGCCCGACCACAGCCAGCCAAAGUACUUCAUGCACGCCUACAACACCAUCAGCGAGCACAUGCUGAAAUCCUCCAAGAGCAAUAAUGACCUCAAGGUCACCCCUUGCACCAAUAUCCCCAUCAACAACGACUCCAACUACAUCAAGCGGGGCUCCUGGUCCACGCUGACGCUCAGCCAUGCCCGGGAGGUGUGCCAGAAGGCCUCCGCCACCAUCGACAAAGCCUUGCUCAAAUCCAAGUCCUGCCACCAGGACCUGGCCUACCACUACCUGCAGGAUGUGCCAGCGUGCCCGGUCAGCCCCGCUCUGCCCAGCUUCCCCGGAGCACUGGUGCCUCACGGGGAGUGGAACAACACGCUGUCCCGGGACAAGGACAGCGAGAUCCCGUGCCGGCGCAUGCGGAGCGGGAGUUACAUCAAAGCCAUGGGGGAUGAUGAUAGCGAGGACUCAGAAACCAGCCCCAAACCAUCCCCGAAAACUGCAGCUCGGAGGCAGAGUUACCUCAAGGCCACCCAACAGUCCCUGAGUGAGCAGAGCACCACACAAAGGAGCCUGGACCGCCUGGACUCUGUCGAGAUCCUCCUACCUCCGAAGUUUCCCACCUGGGAGGAAGAAUACAACCAGAUCUCUGACAGUGCCAACGAGUCCAGCUGCAUCAACCAGAUCUUUGGACCCCCCUCACUUAUCCCUCAGAUAUUUACCCAUGGAGAGCAGGCACCCGAGCCGGAGCUGGGGGAGCAGUACGAGCCCGUCUGCGACUCCACCUACAGCGAGGCCGAGUCGGCGGCUGCGGAGGUGCUGGACCUGCCUCUGCCCAGCUACUUCCGAUCCCGGAGCCACAGCUACCUCCGCGCCAUCCAGGCGGGCUGCUCCCAGGAAGACGACAUGGGCUCCGUCCGCUCCAUCUCCCCGCCGCCCACGGGCAGCCUCAGCGGCAGCAGGACCCUGCCCACCAACAGCAGUUCAUCAUGCCUAGUGGCAUAUAAAAAGACGCCACCUCCCGUCCCACCUCGGACCACGUCCAAGCCGUUCAUCUCUGUCACUGUGCAGAGCAGCACUGAGUCAGCCCAGGACACCUACCUGGACAGCCAGGACCACAAGAGUGAGGUCACCAGCCAGUCGGGGCUCAGCAAUUCCUCAGACAGCUUGGACAGCACCAGGACACCCAGCGUCACCAGGGGCAGCGUCGUGACUCCAGCCAGAGACACUCCAGAGUUACCUCAGAAAAAUGCAACUUUGAAAAGUGACAAAGGGACUCUGACUAACGAAGAGCCUAAAGUGGAGAAUAUCCCCAAAAGAAAGCUAUCAUCUAUAGGAAUACAAGUUGACUGCCUUCAGCCAGUGGCAAAAGAGGAGCCUCCUCCACCAGCCACCAAAUUCCAGUCCAUCGGGGUGCAGGUAGAGGACGAGUGGCGAAACAGCCACUCUCGCAGCAUGUCCUCCAAACAGGACACAGACUCUGACACACAGGAGCCAAAUAACUCCAGCUGUAAAUCAUCUGAGAGAAGCCUCGCUGAGUGCCCCCAGCACAACAACUCUGUUGGUGUUGAUGCCUCCACCAGGCAACCAGCCAAGCCCUCACAGAUUAAGAGAAACCUCUCCUAUGGAGAAAACAACGACCCAGCCCUGGAGCCUUCUUCUCUCCCUCCUCCUGACCCCUGGCUCGAGAGCUCCUCCACGUCGCCGUCGGAGCCGGCGCAGCCGGGGCCCUGCCGGCGGGACGGCUUCUGGUUCCUGAAGCUGCUGCAGGCAGAGACCGAGCGCCUGGAGGGCUGGUGCCGCCAGAUGGACCAGGAGACCAAAGAGAACAAUCUCUCUGAGGAAGUCCUAGGAAAAGUGCUGAGUGCAGUGGGCAGUGCACAGUUACUAAUGUCACAGAAGUUCCAGCAAUUCCACGGCCUCUGUGAGCAAAACUUGAACCCUAAUGCCAAUCCCAGACCCACAGCCCAGGACUUGGCUGGAUUUUGGGAUCUCCUCCAGCUUUCCAUUGAAGACAUCAGCAUGAAGUUUGACGAGCUGUACCACCUCAAAGCUAAUAGCUGGCAAUUGGCAGAGACACCGGAGAGAAAGGAAGAGAAGAAACCACCCCCUCCAGUGCCAAAGAAGCCGGCCAAGUCCAAAUCGCAGCUGAGCCGGGACAAAGGCUCUGACUCGGACAAGCAGCGGCAGGAGGCGCGGAAGCGGCUGAUGGCAGCCAAGCGCGCGGCCUCCGUGCGGCAGAACUCGGCCACCGAGAGCGCCGACAGCAUCGAGAUCUACGUCCCCGAGGCCCAGACCCGCCUCUGAGCCCAGCCACGGCCAGCCCGUGGCUUUUAUAAGUCAUUAAAUGGGAAAAAAAAUGGUUCUCUUGAAACUAGUGUGAUUUAUUCAGUCUAGAGACAAUGAGCCAUCCUUGAAAAGGGCUCCUGAGUUGGCUUUUUUCUCUCUCAGCUUUAAGUAAUGAAGAUUUUAACAAAAAAAAAAA